ACUCAGGCAAAUCAUUCCGCAAUCGGAAGACAUAGUGGUAGGUUGCUCAACAUGUUCCAAGCUGACCGCCGAGAUUUGUCCAGCCAACCGCCCAAGUUGGCUCCGCCAAAGGAGCAGGAUCAGUCGCGCCUGGUUCAAGUUCCGGAUCCUGAUCACCGGGACAUGCAGUUCCCAGACAUCUGGCUGCGUGAUAAUUGCCGCUGCGAGGAGUGCUAUCUGCCACAGACACUGAGUAGGUUGCCCCAGCUGUGGAACCAUCUGGACACAAGUGUGCGGGUCCUGCGGCAGAGCGUGGACGUGGACCAGAAGGUCCUGUGUAUAGAGUGGUCCGAUGGACAUGUCUCCCAGUAUCCGUUCAGUUGGCUGAGGGAGCGGGACUUCUCAUCCGCGAACCGCCAGCGUUACCUGCGUGACUUUUACCGCCCGGAGCAAAAGUUGUGGAGCGGUCUGGACUUUGAGCAAAUCCGUCAGGUGUUUUACUACCAAGAACUGAUCGAUUGCGACUCGGCGUUGCAGCAAUGGCUCCAACACCUGGCAGUUUACGGAGUGGCCUUGGUCAAGGAAGCACCCCUGGAUAUGGACGUCCUUCGGAGAUUGUCCAACCGGGUGGGCUUCAUGAGACGCACCACCUAUGGAGAGGAAUUCAGUGUUCGGGCUCAGCCUGGAGCCAGCAACUACGCCUACUUGGCCGCACCACUACCGCUCCACACGGAUAUGCCCUACUUUGAGUACCUGCCCGGAGUGACCAUGCUGCACACCCUGGAACAGUCCGCUUCGCCCGGUGGAGUCAAUCUGCUGGCCGAUGCCUUCUAUGUGGCGGAGGUAAUGCGGGAACGCUAUCCAGAGCAGUUCCGGGCUCUCUGCCAGACUCCCGUGGACUGGGCGGACAUCGGAAGCGACGGCGAUCUGCAGUUCCACAAUAUCUGGAAGGCACCGGUCAUCAACUUGGACGCGGAGGGCCGGUGUGUGCGCAUCAACCACAGCAUUCCGCAACGCGACAGCCACUUCAGCGUGCCGGUGGAGCAGGUGCGUCCGUGGUACGAGGCGAUGGCCACCUUUGUGGGCCUGGCCCACGAGCACUCCUGCAGAUUCAAGACCACGCCCGGCGACGUGCUCACGUUCGACAAUUUGCGCCUGGUCCACGGACGUACCGGGUACGACGAUACGGACCGAAAUGUGCGCCACAUCCUGGGCGCCUUCGUCGACUGGGACAUUGUGUACUCGCGCCUGAGGGUCCUGCGGAAUGCCAGUGCCACCUCCAGCCCACCUGAUGCUCCUUAGAUAGCAGGAGCAGCAGCCACAUGUGCUUAUUGCCACAUUAAUUAGCCAUCUAUCAAUGCCAAAACGCUUUGAUUGACAUCGCAAUGUGGUAGCAGUAGACGGAGUAGUAUCAUUAAGUUACUUUCGCAUUUAUUCUGCACGAGAAAUUAAACCAUUUAUUGACAUUUUGAAUAAAUACUAUUUUAAUGGUUUCUAAGCCUUUGACACACCUCAAUGCUAAUUG